UGGAGGCUGCAGCCGCCCUCAGUUGGGUGUGGCUGGUGUGUGCUGCGUGUCAUGUCACCUGGACCUGGGAUUGCAGUGUCUUCGCAGAGCCCACAGCAGCACUUUGGCUUCAGAGUGUUAGCUGUCCCGUCUGGCUGGGGGCUGAGAGGUUUGGGAGUGGGUGGAAAGGAAUGGAGCACACUCGGCCUCUUCAAUGUAACUGGGUGUAACUGGGAAAUGGCAACGAUAUUAAUACCAAACCCCUGUUGAAGUUACUCACGUCCAGGUUAUUUACUUGAGGCGAAUGGGCCUACAGGCGACGAGGAGGUUUUGUGGCAGUGUCUUGCUGACUUUCCGAGUAGUGAGGAAGGUUGUCAUUUCAGAGGGCUUUAAGGAAGCUGCAGAGAAGUUUCGAAUGGAGUCUGGGAUCGAGCCUAGUGUGGACCUAGAAACGCUUGACGAGCGAAUCAAAAUCCGGGAGAUGCUCCUGAAAGGCCAGAUUCAGGAGGCGAUCGCUCUGAUCAACAGCCUGCACCCCGAGCUGCUGGACACUAACCGGUACCUGUACUUCCACCUGCAGCAACAGCACCUGAUCGAGCUGAUCCGGCAGCGGGAGACCGAGGCGGCACUGGAGUUUGCGCAGACCCAGCUGGCAGAACAGGGGGAGGAGAGCCGCGAGUGCCUGACGGAGAUGGAACGCACGCUGGCCCUGCUGGCCUUCGACAACCCCGAGGAGUCGCCCUUCGGGGACCUUCUGAACAUGAUGCAGAGGCAGAAGGUGUGGAGCGAAGUGAACCAAGCUGUCCUAGACUAUGAAAAUCGUGAGUCUACACCCAAGCUGGCGAAAUUACUGAAACUACUCCUUUGGGCUCAGAAUGAGCUGGACCAGAAGAAAGUAAAAUAUCCCAAAAUGACAGACCUCAGCAAAGGUGUCAUCGAGGAGCCCAAGUAGGCCCAGGGGCGGACCCCGCACUGCACCGCUCAGGCCUGGCCGGCCUGUCGCAGUGACUGAAAGAUUUUUACUGCAGUAGAGAACUCUUUCCCCCUUUACUUUUUU